AUGAUUACAAAAAUCGCAAUUCUAGUUUCUGCCUUGCUUAUUGCCUAUAAUUAGUUGUAAUCAACAAGCCAAUAACUUCAAGAAUAGCCAGUAAUUGGAAUUUUCACACAACCUUCUACAUUUUCUGAAUAUGGUCGUGAAAACUAUACUUACAUAGCUGCGUCAUAUGUCAAAUUUUUGGAAUCAGGAGGUGCAAGAGUGAUUCCCAUUCCCUAUGAAGCAAAUUACACAACAUUAGACGAGAUAUUUAAAAACAUCAAUGGGAUUCUGAUACCAGGAGGGUCCACAGGAUUGAAAGGACCUUCUUUCUAUACACAGAGAGUAGCCUAUCUUGUAAACAAAGCUUUGAAAAUAAACAAAGAAGGUGGAUGGUUUCCAAUCAUUGGAAUCUGUCUAGGACAUGAAGUGAUGCAUUACAUCUUGUCCAACUAUUCUGAAAGUUUUUUGAUUGAUGUGAAGGGCAAUGACAAAGUUACUAGACCUGUAAAUAUCAACUAUAGACAGGCUUACUUUUACUCUUAAAUGAAUGAGGAAUUAUAUAAAGCUACAUUAAAUGAGAACUUAGCCUAUUAUCAUCACAUUCAUGCAGUAUCACCAAGUUUAUAUGAAAUUGCUCCUGUUUUACAGCAAUAUUUGAGAAUCACUUCAACACAAACUGAUGAAGAUGGAUAACUAUUCAUUACUUCUACAGAUGGGAUUAACAUGCCAUUUUACUCGUUUUAAUAUCACCCAGAGAAAAACCCAUUUGAAUGGACUAUCCCUGCCAAUCAUUCAGUUCAUGCCAUUCAAUUUAGUAGAAUCCAUAGUUAUUAAUUUAUUCAAUCUUGCAGAAUGAAUUCUAAUAAAUUUAGUCUAGAUUUAAACAAACUCAUUUUUAAUUACAAUCCUAUACAACCAAUAAAUUAGAACUACAAUCAAGUUUAUAUAUUUCAAAGACUCUAAGCGAUGGAUGAUGCAGAAUUUUAAGAAUAGUCAUGA